GUGGCUGGCAUCGAAAGACGCGGUCCGAAGACAGGCCAGGCCACGGUGGGGCCAAUUAACCACUAAACAGAUCUGAACUGGAGAGUGAACUUGGUAUAUACUGUUACUUCAAUAAUAUGAGGAUGGAUACCCAUGGAAAAUCUGUACAAUCGUAACUGAAAUAAAGUAAUAAUUUUGUCUUGACAGAUAUUCCAAUGUGCGUGUUGUCUCGGUAAAUGCAGAAAAGUGUGGUGUGUCGGAACAAUAACUGUGCUACAGUAUCUGUGGUGACUCAGUGAUAUGUGCAUUGACCCAGGCUAAUCUGAGACACUUGGAGACAUCAGAUUUUGUAUUUCAGCGUGUUCAUUUUUUUUCUUUUUUUCUUGGGGAAAUGGUCCAAUGAAACAUCGUCUUGAUAAAGUAAAGAGGAAUUUUUAGAAAUUUUUGUUUUAUGUAUAUUCUGAUCGAACGCAGGAUUCGCAUCCUUCAGGAACAUGUAUUAUAAACACCUGUGGCCACUUUCAUUGGCAUGGCUCUGGACGUGCUGGAUCUUUUCUACCUUAACCCCGCCGGUCUUGUCGCAGGAUAUCAUCCAUGCAGAUCCUUUAGCGCUCUUGGCAGGCACUCUCAGGACCUUCCAGCGACAUGCGUGUGACGGCACCGCUCUCACUCUUCAUUGCCCAAACAACACCACCAUCGAUGUCCUCUACGCCCGAUACGGACGCCCGCGACAGGACACCACCGAAAACGGAAGCAGUAACAAUUACGGAUCGCUUGCGACCGAUCCCUGCCCUCCUCUGGCUGUUCAUAUAUCCCCCGACCCGAAAGUCGCCUGCGAGUACUCGGAGAACGUUAAUUACAAAACACUGCAGAAGGUAGUUGAGAAGUGUCAUCAUAAAAACCAGUGCAAGAUUCAGGUGGCACCUGAAACCUUCAGCGACGAAGACCCUUGUCCCAACACCCGAAAAUACAUCGAGGUCGCGUACAAAUGCCGUCCAGAGACCUUUAUCAAUAAGGUUGUAUGUGAGAAUGGCGAAAUCAUGUUGAAAUGUGACAAGAACUCUCGUUUGGCCAUAUACAGUGUUCUCUUUGGCCGAAGUAAAUCUGGAUCUUUCAUGUGUCCUCAGCCAGAGGGUGUGCCUGAAGAAGACUGUCAGGCAAGUUUUGCAACUGAACGAGUAAUGACCAGGUGCCAUGGGCACCGUCAGUGUCAUCUUUAUGCAGAUGCAAAUCAGUUAGGCAAACCUUCUUGCUCCACUAACUCCAGAAAGUACAUGAAAACUGUUUACACCUGUGUACCCAGGAAGAUUUUGAAAGACGAUUAUCAAGGAGAUCUAGAAGAUGAUGAAUAUCCAGAUGAGGAGAAGAACAUGAUGUCCCCUCCUGCACAGCCUCCGGAACCACAUCCAGAUCCUCCUGAACCAUCGUCUUCUUCCAAUCCUUAUCUUACACAAACACCAACAGCAUUUUUCAACCCAACUAUACGAGCAAAGAUCCCAGGGAAACCAGGGAGUAACGUCUUACCAUCUGGGAAUGAUUAUCCACGCGAUGGGAUUCCAAGGGCGCGUCCUGAUCUCAUCAACUGUACUGUAACUAUACUGUCUGGCUCACAAGACAGAGCAAUAGGUUUUUUGACUGAGUGGAUGAAAGCCAUUGCUUUUAUAAAAAGAAAUUUUGAAAAGUUUGUCCUGUACUUGAUGGUUGGACUGUGCGUUGGUCUUUUACUCUUCUUAUUUGUUGUUGUUGGUCGUUUGCUUCUAGAUCGCCACAGAGCGAAAAGAGAAGCUAAAAUUAUGCAUGAUCCACUUACAUCUGUGUUUGCAACAGAUAUUGAUGACAUAGAUGGUGAUCUUGACAUGUCUGGUGCUUUAGGUUCUUCACUUGGAAGAUCACCAUCACCACAGCAGCCUACACAAGAAAUAGUUUGUUACAAUACAACAAGGCCAAUUAGGCGCCAAGACAGUGACACAAAUCCAAGGAGCUUAAGUAGAACCAAUAAUAAUCAACUGUUUUAUAGUUAGUUUUUCAUACCUGUAUGGAAUACUAUGUGUACAGUAUAAUUAUUUUCAAAGUUAUUUAUACAUAACAAAUAGACAGUAUAAACAUUACAUGUAUUACCAUGGCAUUUCUUUGAAUUGUUUUAUUAUGUUCUAUAGGUGUGUGUUUGUGUACAUUUAAUGUAAUAAGUACUUUAUACUUUACAACCAAAUAUUAAGGUAAAUAUUGCUUUUCUGUAAAUAUUUAUACAGUAAUGUCAGGAUAAAAGAUUUUGCAAAACCUUUGCAUAGUCUAUGUACAUAGUUUGUAUUAUAUCAAUAUCAAAGUAAUCUUCCAAGACUUAAUAUAUUGAAUUAAAAAACAGGAUCUUUUUAGCUUUCAAUAGUGAAUUCUUUUUAUUCACCACUAUAAUUUAAGGGUUUUAGCAUCUGAUAGAAAAAUUCUUUGGCACAUCUUUUGUAUUUAUGUAUCUGAAUAACUAUUCUUCCAGAAAACAUUUUGUCUUCAUUGAUGUAUUCUACCAUCUACUAAAUGUUUCUUGAUAACUGACAAAUACAUAAAAAAACAAUAAUAGGUCACCUUCAAACCUUGUACAUUAUUAUUGCUAAAUUUUGAUCAAAACAUGCUCACCUUCAAACCUUGUACAUUAAUAUUGCUAAAUUUUGAGCAAAACAUGCUGAGUAAUUCAAGCCCCAUUGUUGACUAUCAUCAAAUGGUAUCAAAAAGAUAAACUAGGUUUUCCUAAAUCUUUUCUAUUGUUCAUUAGAGCAUUCCAAAUCACAUUAGCAUACAGAUGAACCACAGGAUUUCAUGAAUUCUAUAUGAUAUUCAUGGCAAGUGUGAACAACCAGCAGUUGUAUACAUAUUAGAUUUCCUAUUUUUACAAACACGAGCCAUAAUUCUCUUCCUCUAUAAAAAGGAGUUACAAAACCAUGAAACAGGAUAUCUGGUGGUUGUCAGUGAACUUCAUCAAAACUCAGGUACAAUGAAUUGAUGUAUUCAUACUGACUGAACAUUCCUCAUGUGUUGUUCCUAAUUAUAAUUUGCUAUUUUUAUUAUUAAAUAGCUUAGCUAUAUGACAGGUGAAAAUUCUAAUUCUCAUGACUAAUGUUGGGUAUUUCUCAUUGUUGUGACUCCUUCAAACGUUUUUACUGGGCAAACUGAAAAUGUUUAAGAUUCUGAAAAAUCAUAAAGCUGAAUACUAUCGACACCCAGUUUACCUUGUCACUGGAAAUAAAAAAUACAUAGUUUUAAAUUUGAACUUUAAAUUCAUGACUUCUUACACUUUCUGUCUAAUAGAACAUCUUUAUCACACUUUGUCUAAUAGAACAUGUCAUGAAAUAAUCAAUUAAAACACGAAAAAUUAAAGAACCACCCACCGAAAUGUCAUGAUACAACUCGAUUACAAUAAAAAAUUUGAUAAAGAAAAAUAGUGCUACAAAUAUUAAUAAUCUCUUAACAACAAUAGAAUAUAAUUUUGCCAGUUCCUACUGACUUGCACAUACAUAUGCCUGACAGUCCAUUGGACUUAAAACUAACAGUUGAAAUUACAAAUCACAAAUUUACAUUGAAAUGUUAAAAUAAAACUUCUAGAUUUCAGAACUAGUACAUACUGGAAUGCAUGCACAAUUUCUGUGUUCAAGAUAUGAAAUCAUACACACUAUGAAAAGUUGACUUACAAACGCUCUGGAUUACACUGUAUUGCAUCGAUUUUUUAACAUUUGUUACUUUAAGAUUCAACUGAUAGCCCUCUUGAUGAUCAUACUUUCUGAACUUAAGUGCAGCCAUAAUCUAAAUGAACAGCUGUAGACAAAAAUGUUCUUGCUGGCCGUUAAGAGGAAUCAAACCCAGUCUAAUCUGAGUGACUCGUAUAAAUAAUUUGCUCUGCAGAAGAAAUUAAGUACUUGAAGGUAACAAUAGGAUAUUUAAGUACUGUAUAAAGUCUGUCAGAGUUGCAUAGUAAAUAUUCAUAAUAAGCAUACAGUACUCACAAAGAAUCUUGUGUAGCUGAGUUUGAAGCACUGUAGACCAGGUAGUUUGGGCAUCUGUCAAGCUUUCCCAUAGAAAAGCUGCAGACAUGCACUUGGAAUAAGUAUUCCUAUGUGCAGAGUAGAGGCAUGGGCCUUGAGUUCUCAAUUUGAGGCUGUCACACUUUAGAGCAAUGGGCAGAGAGGGGUAAUGGCCACUGGCUAGAAAAAACAUGUCAACUCUUAAAAAAAGCCAUUCAAAAUAUAAUGUCCCAAAGAUAGGUAGCGUCACUCUAGUUCUAUUUUUAACAAAUGUUUGGAAAAAAAAUCAGAAGUUCUGCCUGGAGCUUUUUCCGACACUUCAUAGUACAACUAAUGUUAGACAAACAGGCACCAGUCAGACAAAAUAUUCUCUGGCAAGACUGAGCAAGAUCAUACUUGCCCACAACAUGAUGAGCACAAGGUAUGUGUAUCAUAAUGACUUAGUCAAUCUAGUCUUACAACCAUUCGCACAUUACCGACAUGUUGAAAAAAAAGAGAAGUCAGUUAGUCCAAAUCUAUCUAGUUCUUAAAAAGAACCUAAAUCUAGAUAAUAUUGCCGAGUCAGCCAAAACAACGCAAUUAAUACUUCACCAAAUGCUGAUAAACAAAAGGAAAAGUCAAGAAUUCAAUUAACUGCAGCUGACAACCAUUCUGUAGCCAGCAGAAACAAAACUGAGCUCUUUGCCAAGUGGUUCCUCUUUCACCCCGAAAGUGGGAGAGGUCAUUGAAACCUAACCAAAACAGAACAGAAAAUUAGCACAAUUCACAAAUUUUUAAAAUUAACUGCUGGGCGUGUGAAACUUUUACUAUAUAAUUUCAAGUCCCAUAAUUAAAAUUCAGAUUUAUCAUUCAGUUUUGAUGGCACCUACAUAGCCCAUCAGUUGAAUAUAAAAUUUAGGCCAAAGGCCAAGCACUGGGACCUAUGAGGUCAUUCAGCGCUGAAAUGGAAAUUGACAGUAAAAGGUUUGACAGGUGUAACAGGAGGAAAACCUCACAGUUGCACUAUGAAUCAAGUGCUAAAAGAGGGUGGAAAGUAAGAUGACGAAAGAGAAUAUGAAAGGAGGUACAGUAAACCAAACAAAAGUGGUUGCAGCUAGAGGCCGAAGGCAUACUGCAAAGAACCUUAAGUAAUGCCUACGGUGUACCGCAUGAGGUCCACUGAUGGCACUACCCCCCUAUGGGACACAGCCCAACAGUGACAUUAGAAAAAUUAAACAUCUUACUUCACAAACAACAAUAUUCAAGCAAAGAAUUGCUUUCCAAAACAAUGCCGUGCAAAUACAAUAAUUACAGCAAGGCUACUUUCGACAAAAUCGUGUGUGUGUGUGUACAUAAAAGCAACCCUUUUGAUUUGAUAAUUACCAAUACACCCACACACAUACUUUUUAAUUACCAUUUGGAAAAUAACUUUUCUAGCAAUAGUACUUGAAUAUUUACUUUACAAGAAAAAAAAAUAUAUAUAUAGUCCCCUUGUGCAGUUAGUUCUCAUCAGCAUAUUUCAGUCUACUUCCCUUGCGAAGCUUAGUGUGAAACAGAAAAGUCUAUCAUCUUAUUAGCUUUUACUAUAAAAAAAAUCUUUGGUCAUCAGCAAGGAAGACAAUAUAAUAUAUUCAUCAAGACUUUAAGAAACAAACCAGUAAUAAAAUAAUGGCAGUCAUUCAAGAUUGUAACAAAUAAAGAUGGGGUUUCACUGACUGUAAUCCUAACAUACAGGAAAAUAUAAUCUUGUGCACAUGCAAACUUUUGUUAUAAUUCUAGUGUAACAUAAGUUAAUCUUGUGUGCAAGAAAACUUUUGUUAGAUAUCUUGUCUAACGAAGUAAAAUCACUUCUUGAAUCACUAUUAUCCCUUCUAUAACGUACUCUGUAUAUUAUUUUAUAAAACAUGAGACACUGGAAGACUGUAAAAAUCUCUAAUACAAUAAUGUUAACUACGCAUAAGGAUUUUUCUAUCAGUGCAAACAAAAUAAACCCAAUGUAAAAUACCAGCGUAUUAGUCACUAAAAUCCUGUUCAGGGCCAGCUUUUUAUCACUGUCUGUGGUGCACAAUGAGAACCAGUUUUGAUAAGUUUCUUAUGCCAACAGCAUAGUUAAUGUCCAUGUGCUUACUGUAUAUAGUUCCUUAAAAAUGUAAAUGUCAAAACAAUCUAGUCUAGAAUAACAUUUUUGUUACCAUGUACAAAUGUAAAUAUUUUUGUAAUGAUUAUUACUUGCAAAAGGAUAACACUGAUAUGCAACAAACUACGUAGUACAUUACAUUCAGUGUUAAAUACUCAUAUCUAACACAUAUCUUGAAACAGUAGAAUACAUGCUUACAUAUUUUCAUCUAGGUAAUUUUUCACAAGUGUAAUAAAAAAGUUUUAAGGGUUUCCUCGCGUUUAUAUUGAAAUUACAUUUUAACCAUGUUUGUAAGAUUUUGCCUUGUUCAAUUUCAUUUGAUUGUGUGAAUGAGAUAAGUUCAAGGAACUCUAGUCUACAUUUUUAGUUCAAACCUUAACCUAUUAUGUAUGUGCAAAUUAUUAUUUUUUCCCCCUAAAAUGGAAGAAACUGAAAAUUAUGAGAAUGCCUGUAUCAAGUAUUAACCAGCCUUCCAUAUGUUUGUCACCUUUAAUACAAAAGUAUUACAGGGAAAAUACAAAUGUACUUUUUAAGGAAUGUGUUUCCUAAUAUUGUAUCUGCUGAAGACAAUGUCUGAUGCUAGUAAUUGGUGCUGUAUAGGAGUCAUGUAUAUUUGUGCAAGAGGUCAUAUUAAAAAGUGUUCCCUU